AUGGAGAUCGUUAUUUCAAUUGUAGCGAAAAUAGCAGAGUACACUAUUGCACCUAUUGGACAGUGGCUAUGCUAUUCAUUUCACUACAACAGCAAUACAGAGAAUCUGAAGAAUCAGGAAGAGAAUUUUCGAGAUUUUAAAAAUAGGUUGCAACACUCCGUUGAAGCUGCUAUAAGAAAUGGCGACGAAAUUGAAGAUGAUGUUAACAAGUGGUUGACAAAGGCAGAUCAUAUUAUAGAAUUGGCCACCACGCAACUUUGUGAAAUUGAAAAAGAAGCAAGUACGAGGAACUCUAAUGUGGCAUGCCUAAACUUGAAACAUCGACAUCAAUUAAGUCGGGAAGCAAAGAAGAUGGUGGAAAAUAUUUCCAACCAUGUUGAAAAUGGAAAUUUUGAUAGAGUUUCGUAUCGUCCUGCUUCAGAAGGAAUGGAGACAAGAAGAAACAUGGAUUACAUCGCCAUGAAGUCGAGAAUGAUAGCGGUGAAGGGGAUUAUGGAGGCACUCGGAGAUGCUAAUAUCAACAUGAUUGGUUUAUGGGGGAUGCCUGGUGUGGGAAAGACUACAUUGAUGAGAGAAGUUGCCAGGAAAGUCAAGGAAGAUAAGCUAUUCGAUGAGGUGGCUCUGGCAAAUGUGACGCAAAGCCCUAACUUGAGACGAAUUCAAGGAGAAAUCGCAGACAUGCUAGAUCUCAAGCUUGAUGUCGAGACAAUACGUGGAAGAGCGAUUCGUCUACGGAAGAGGUUAACAACAAACAAAAAAAGGAUAGUUGUUAUCCUAGAUGAUAUAUGGGAGAAACUUGAUUUGGAGGCAAUAGGAAUUGAUCCUUGUAAGGGAUGCAAAGUAGUGCUAGUAUCUAGACAACACAAUUUAUUAUCUAGUGAAAUGGGUGCCCAAAAGGAUUUUGGAAUUGAAGUGUUACCCGAAAAAGAAGCAUGGGAAUUGUUUGAGAAGAUGGCAGGUGAUUCUAUUAAAGACCCCAAUUUACGAUUUAUAGCAACGGAGGUAGCUAAAGAGUGUGAUGGUUUGCCUAUUGCACUUGUAACAGUUUCUAAGGCAUUAAGAAAUAAGAGUUUAUAUGAAUGGAAGGAUGCCUUACAGCAACUACUUGUUGAAAUAUUGUUAUGGUUGGGUCUAUUUCAUGGAAUUAACACAUUGGAAGAUGCGAGAAAUAGACUAUACAGACAAUUACAUAACUUGAAAGACUCUUGUCUAUUGCAAGAUUGUCCUCACAAAUCUGACCAUUGCCAUAUGCAUGAUGUUGUUCGUGAUGUUGCUACAUUAAUUGCUUCAAAGGAUUAUGAUAUGCUUUUCAUGAGUGAUGAAUGGCCAGAUAUGGAUGCACUAAAAAGAUGCAAGGCAUUUUCUAUUCGUGGUGGAGCUAUUCAUCAACUUCCAAAUGAACUUGAAUGUCCUGAAUUAAGAUUCCUUUUUGUAGAUGGCAGAGAUCAUUUUUUACAAAUCACAGACAAUUUCUUUCAAGGGAUGGACAAGCUCAAAGUUUUGGAUUUGACGGCAAUGAAAUUGUCAUCCCUUCCUUCAUCACUUCUUCUUCUUAGAAACCUACAAACAUUGUGUCUUGAUGGCUGUGAGUUAGGAGACAUAUCUGCGAUUGAAGAACUCGAGAAUUUAGUAAUUCUUAGUCUUCUUGAUUCUAACAUUUCCGCAUUGCCAAGAGAAAUAGGGUUGUUGGUUCAUUUGCAGUUGUUCGAUUUGAGCAAUUAUUUCAAACUUGAAGUAAUUCCACCUAAUGUCCUAUCUAGGUUGGUGGAAUUAGAAGAAUUGUAUAUGGAAAAUAGCUUUGUUCAAUGGGAGACUGAAGGACUCUACACUAAAAGAUCAAACAAUGCUAACCUUGCUGAGCUAAAGUAUACGUUACGUUUGAUUACUUUGGAGAUUCAUAUCCUAGAUGCUUGCAUGCUUCCGAAAGUUCUGCGGUUUGAAAAACUAGAAAGAUACAACAUAUUGGUAGGAGAUGUAUGGGACUGGUCUGAUAAGCAUGAAUGCUCAAGAACGUUAAAACUCAAGCUGAAGACAAGCUUUCAAUCAGAGGUUGGAAUUAAAAUGUUGUUGAAUAGAAUAGAAUGUCUUUAUUUAGAUGAGUUAAAGGGUAUUAAGAGUGUUCUACGUGAAUUAGAUCGCGAAGGUUUUCAACAACUAAAGCAUCUUUAUAUACAAAAUAAUGAUGAGAUCAAAUAUAUCAUUAGCUCUCCGAUGCAUAUCUCGACCAUUUCCUUUCCAACCUUGGAAACAUUUAUUCUAAAAAAUAUGACUGGUUUGGAAGAUAUUUGUCAUGGCCAACUUCAUUCAACAUCCUUUCGUAACUUGAGAGUUGUAAAAGUGGAAAAUUGUGAAAAACUAAAAUUUGCCUUCCCAUCAUCCGUAGCAAUGGGUCUUUCACAACUCCAAGAAUUGCAGAUAAGAGAAUGCAGCAUCAUGGGUGCAAUAGUCGAGAAAGAAGAAGGCGAAAUAGAAGACACAGAUAUGAUCUUUUUCCCUCAACUGCAUCACUUGGCACUAGAGCAUCUUCCAAAGCUUAUAAGCUUCUUUAGAACAAAAAAUUUAUUCACAACUGAUGCUAGAGAAAUCGUUUCGGAGGGCACACUUGAUUUCAACAUGCCAAUUCUACAUGAACAGGUGCAAGGUUCUUGUAUUAUAACAUAUCUGCUAUCAUUCUCUAUAGCUAGAUUUAUGGUGCAUCUCAAACAUCUUCACAUAUUGGAAUGUAAGGCUAUGAAAGAGGUAAUAGUCACAGAAGAAAUAGCAGCAGAAGAAAUUACGAAGGAGUUCAAGCGCAACAACCAUCCAGGAGAUCAUUCAAACAAAUGUAGAGGAGAGGCCUCCAACCAUUAUGCAACCUCUCUUCAAUGUAGAGCCUCUGUUGCUAGAAGUCUCACGCAAUUGGAGAAUCUUGAGAUAAUAGAUUGUGGGGUGGAGGAAAUUGUUGAAGGUGAAGAGGAAGAAGAUGCAAUAGAAAGGACGUUUGUGUUCCCUCAAGUAACUCUCCUAACUCUUAAGAGGCUACCCCAACUCAAGUGGUUUUACCUAGGAGUGCAUACUUUAGAAUGUCCAAUGCUGAAAGAGAUGUGUGUGGAAGGAUGCCAAAAAGUUGAAAUAUUUGCUUAUGGCCUUCUAAGCUUUCAAGAAACGCUUCGAGAGAGUCGGCAUGAGAUCUUCACUCAGCAACCCCUUUUCUUGGUUCAUGAGGUAGCAUUCCCAAGCUUGGAGAAAUUAGCAAUUUCACAUAUGGAUAAGUUGAUAACCAUAUGGCACGACCAAGUUGCAGCGGAUUCCUUUUGCAACUUUCAAAAUCUACGUCAAAUUUAUGCCGAGGGAUGUGAGAGCUUGAAAAGUUUCUUUCCAGUAGUCUCGGUGGCUACAAGUCUCACACAAUUGGAGAUUCUUAAGAUAGUCAAUUGUGGGAUUGAGGAGAUUGUCGCAAGAGGAGGAGAUCAAGAAGCAACACCAAGGAUUGUGUUCCCUUGUAUGACUACAAUAAAUCUUGUAGGGCUGGCAAAACUCAAGUGGUUUUAUCCAGGAGUGCAUACUUCAAAAUUUCUAUCAUUGAAAGAUAUGUGGAUGGAUGGAUGUCAAAAAGUUGAGAUAUUUGCUUCAGAACAUAUGAGCUUUCAAGAAGCACUUGAAGAAAGUCGACAAAACAAUAUCUCAAUUGAUCAACCCCUCUUCUUGGUUGAUCAAGAUCAGGUCGCAUUUCCUAGUUUGGAUUUACUAAAAAUCUCCCACAUGGAGGACAUGAAAGUUAUAUGGAAUAACCAAUUCGCAGCAGAUUCCUUUUGCAAACUUCAGACAAUGAUAGUUGAAUCUUGUGCAAAUCUUAAUAGCAUCUUUUCUGUUUAA